AUGAAGCUCAUUGCUGUCUUUGCGCUUUGGGUCACUCUACUCUGUCAGGCACACAGUAAUUCCCUUGACUCAUGCCAGAGUCGCUGUGGCUUCGGAACUGACAGUGAUUAUUCGUGUCAGUGUAAUCCGUCAUGUGAGCGUUUCAGAGACUGCUGUGCAGAUUAUGCAGAGCAAUGUAAAGAUGGACCCACAUCAUGUAAAGGUCGAUGCAAUGAGAAAUACAAUUCUCAAAACAAGUGCCACUGCAAUUCCAAGUGUACGCAGUACAGCAACUGCUGUGGCGACUAUGCAGAUGUAUGCAAUGGUGGUGAAACUGGUGGUGGUUCCGUGAUCACAGACGCUGAGAUCAAGUCCGUCUCAGAAGCACUUUACGCUCUGGACUCUAACCGGGCAAAAGCCUCUGAGUUGGUGUUGGACCCCCAGGUUCUGAUCUCAGGUUCUCAGAGCGGCUCCCAGAAAGAUCUUUCCUCUCGCCCUCUUUUCCGCUUUUUGGACGAAGAGGCUCUGUUCUCCAGGCCCACCUAUGCAGCUCUUGUGGCUUUGUUGGACAACUACAACAGGAUGACAGGACAAACAGAAGACGUCAAUGCUCAGGAGAAGGCUGAGCAGGACAUCUUCCUCUGGGAGACCAUGUCCAACACCGAGCUGGGCCGAGAACUCUUUGGCUUCUUGUACACCAAGGGCAUCUACGCAUCAGUAGAGGAAUUCAUAUACGACCUGAAGAUGAUGUGGUUCGGAUUGUACUCUCGGAACAACAGGAAGAUGGAUUCCAGUGGUUUUGAGCACAUUUUUGCAGGUGAGAUCAAGGGUGGCAAGGUGUCAGGCUUCCACAAUUGGAUCCAGUUUUAUCUUCUGGAGAAAAGAGGACUUCUGAAUUAUUACAGCCACAGCUUCAACGGACCUUGGACAACCUACCCGGACGUUCUAGGAAUGCAGUUCAAGUGGGAUGGCUACUUCAAGCAGGUGGGCUCUGCAGUCAUUGGCUGCAGCCCUGAGUUUGACUUUGCCAUUUACAGCCUGUGUUACAUCACCAGGCCUGGAAAACAAUGUCGGUUGAGUCUUGGUGGAAAGGAGCUGAUCAUCCAAACAUACACGUGGGAUAACUCUUACUACGGGGAUGGCAAGAAAUAUAUUGGCACUGGCUAUCCUGCAACACCCAGAACCUGA